CGAGGCUCAAUAAAGCAGCAGCAGAAAUUAAUAAAACAAAAAAAAAAAAGCCAAAGCAAUGCCACAGCUGCUAAAACUAAAAUCGAAUAUUAGAAAUUAGCAAAAGCAAUAGCUAGCUGUUAAAUAGUUAAUUAAUAAUAAAUAAGUUGUUAAAUCUAGUUUCGAGUUGCAGUGCAGAAAACCAAACGAAACUUUUUCGCACAAAACUUUUUUGUCACCAAAAAUCGAUAAUAGAUUCAAAUUGUGUAAAAUUUAAACGAGCUGCAAAAAAAAAUUGGAAAGACAUAAAAAAGCGCAUUACGCACGAGCUUUAAAUCUGGUUAUAUAACAAACACACACAGAGCAAAGGCGAAUCGAUAGGACAGGCCAAGAUGAAGCGCAACUAAUUGGCCAAGCACGCGAGGCAUUAGCAUAAGCGAGAGUAAAAGAGAGAGAGCGAGCGAGCGAGAGAGGGAAAGAUAGUGUGACAACAUUCUGGCCGAGAUUAACCUAGAGUAAAGCGCAGCUACAGUCAUGGGCAAGAAGAAAGUGCCCAGCGAGGAGCUAAUUGUGCCACCACAGGAUAAUCGCAUCUGUGGCACAAUUUGCAUAUGCCAAAUGACGCUCGUCCUUAGCUCCGUAGCGUUGGUCUAUCUCACUGUGGCCAUCUAUAUGCCAUCGACGCGUGCCUUCAAGAGCGGCAUCGAUCCAACUCCUGUCAUGUGCACCACCACUCGCGCCGUCAACAAGGACAGCUGCGAGUGGGGCAGCUGUGGCGAGUGGUGUCUGAGCAAAACAUCUGGCGCCUGUAUACAGAUCUAUGUGAACUUGCGCAGCAACGGCACGAAUCUUACGUUUCAGAACUGCACGAAUUCAGCGAAUAAAACGUGCUACGGCAUCGAUCAGGACCGAGCGGACAAGGCGCGCUGCAUCAACGAUGAGUGCAAGAAUCUAACUGGCACCUUUAACUGCACCGCCGGGCAGUGCUUGAACAUAACGGACGCCUUUGAGUGUGUGUUCCACAAUAGCGACGCUCCAGUCAAGUGCUCCGGGCGACGUGGCAAGAUCAAUUGCAUGGACAUCAGUGGUUUGUUCUCUUGCAGUCGCGGCACCUGCCGCAAGAUACGCACGCCUUACAAUUGCGAUAGACGCUGCGUGGAUAUACCCACUCGGAACAAGAAUGUGGUGGUGCUCAGUGGCGAUAAGGUUUAUCUAUCGCAGUGCCAGAAUGCCAUCAAUGCGGAGACUUUGGAGGAAGUGUGGAACGAGUCGAGCGAUAAUGUGGCCAUGACAUCGUGUUACUUCAUCAAGAACACCUCGGAUCGAGUGGAUGCUGUGGAUUGCAUCAAUGGAUCGACGCUGGAGCACAAUAUGCUCACCGAUUUGACCAAUUUUACAUAUCUCAGUCAUUUGCACGUGUCGGUGGCGACGCCGGUGCCGGAGAUAGCUCCGCCCGACGUCGAUUUGACCAUAUCGAACGAAUCAAAGCUGAUGAUCAAUUUGGAGGGAUGUGUCAAUACGCUGAUGGAUGAGUGCAAGGAGUUCCUGAAGGUGUUCGGUCGGGAUGGCAGCGAUCAUAAUGCACGGGCUCGCUUCCCCUGCUUCUAUUCGCCAUCGAAGAAGGAUAUUGUUGUGGCCCGUUUCGAUCUGGAGGUCACCUAUCGCCAGUUCGUGUUCGCGUCGGUGGUGCCGUCGGUGCUGUUCGUGGUAUCCUGUUCGGUGCUGUUGCUAUGCCAGCGCACCGUCUAUGUCGGCGACGAUGCCAAGAUGCGUUUCAAGGGCUGCGUCGACACGGAAACCAUUCUAUCCAAGAACAACGUCGGCGCACCGACCAACGGCGACAUGGGUGGAGGCGGUGGCGAUGAAGUCAUGGCCCUAUGAGAUCCGUCACGCAUUCCUCUGCUCCAGGAAGACAGUCCGGUUCAUCAGACUGGCGUCUUCGCAUUGCAAUAAAUGGAGUUGGGCAUAGUAAACAAUCGAGAAACACUUUGUAAUCCUUCCAUCGAACUACUAACAGACCACACACCUGAGCGCAGCUUGCUAAAGGACACUCCUGAGCUAACAGCAAACACAAAAACGAAACGAAAAACUAUAUAAAACUAUAUCUAAAGAGAUAUCUAUAUACACCACAUGCGAGGCACGUGAACAAUUCUCGAGUUACGAACACACAGAACCGAAGAGAGGACAAUAUUAGUAUAAUUUCUAUAUUUGAAUUUGAUUUUUAAUUCUUGUUUUUUUCUUGGAUAGGCUAGAAAAGCGCGCCAUCUACUGAGAGUAAUAAGCGUUAGGCAUGGCCUGGUUGAUUGAUGCUUUAACUUUAAGUUAAGAAAGGAGAAUCUAUAGGGAAUACCUUCAAUGCACUCACGCACACACGCACCCAUACACGGACACACACACAGACACCCACACACACUCACAGAGGGAACUAGAAUCAGCCCUUAGGAGCAGGCAAAUAAAAUUCAGCAAAUGGUCAAACGGUUUGGAGGGAUGCGUGAUCAAAACUAAGAAGAUUUAUUAAACAAAACAAGAAGAAGAAGUUAACCUUAAACUAAAUUA